UUAUGAGUAGUGCCUUAAUCCUGGCAGAAUUAAAUUAGUUUAGUUAUACAGUCACCGAGGGAAGAUCUUUUGUUGUUGUCUUUUUCUACUUUGCAUUCAAUCUUCAAAGUGAGCAAAGGCAUAACAGGUGGAAUAUAAUGAAGCUUCAAAGCGUUAAUGCAUUCCUUCUUGUGCUCACUGCCACCGUAAUUGGACUCUUUUAUUUUGGCUUUACUUCUCCCUCAAUAAGACAUAUAGAGCAAAGAUUCUGCCUCAAUUUAACAAAAAAGAACCUGGAAAAUGGUCUCUUGCAGUCGCCACAAGGGCUUAUAUAUAAUCAACCCAGUGUAGUUGGCCCAGAUGGGAAAGUUGGUCCUCUGGCACCAUGGUUAGCUCCAAUUCUAUCAGAAGGAACUUUUGAUCCCACACUGAUUGAUGCGAUCUACAAACAACAGAACAUUACUGUAGCAACCACCAUCUUUGCUCUUGGAAAAUACACCGUUUUCCUAAAAGAUUUCCUGGAGUCUGCAGAGCAAAAUUUCUUUGUUGGGUUUCGUGUGCACUAUUUUGUCUUCACCGAUCAUCCAGAACAGGUUCCUGAUGUGAAACUGGGUGAAGAACGUAAACUGACGGUGAUGACAGUCAAUAGUUUGAGCAGAUGGCAGGAGAUGAGUUUGGGCAGGAUGAAAAGUCUGGAGUUGCUGAUUGAGAGGGGACUGGUCAAUGAUGCAGACUAUCUUUUCAGCCUUGAUGUGGAUACAAAGUUCUACGGCCGCUGGGGAGCAGAGACUUUGGGUAAUCUUGUAGGUGUGAUACAUGCAUGGUUUUAUUAUACACCUCGUGAGCAAUUCCCAUAUGAGCGAAGGCCUGAGUCUCAAGCGUUUAUCCCUUAUUCUGAGGGUGAUUAUUAUUACGGUGGAGCAGUGCUCGGUGGUUCAGUGAAGUACGUAUAUCAGCUCGCUAAAACCUGUCGAGAGCAGCUGGACAUUGAUGCAGCUAAAUCCAUUGAGGCAGCAUGGCAGGAGGAGUCCCAUUUGAACAAGUACUUCCUUUAUAACAAACCCAGUAAACUGCUUUCACCUGAAUAUUCUUGGGAUGAUAAAAGAGGGAAACCACAAGAGAUGAAAAUCAUUAGAUUCUCUCAAGUCCUUAAAAACUAUGCUGAAGUUCGUCCAAACACAUAAAAGCUUUUAACUGAAGUAUGUGUGAAUCUCAUUUUACCACUUUAAUUGGCUAAAUUAAUGUUUUGACAUCCACAGUUUAUCUAAACCCCUCACCUCACAGCAAGAAGGUUGCUGGUUUGAGUCCUGGCUGGUCAGUUGGCAUUUCUGUAUGGAGUUUGCCUUUUCUUCCCGUGUUCAUGUGGGUGUCCUCUGGGUGCUCCAGUUUACCCCACAGUCCAAACACAUGCGCCAUAGAUGAAUUGAAUAAAAUAAAUUGGCCGUAGUAUAUGGGUGUGAGUGAGUGCGUAUGGAUAUUUCCUAGUACUGGGUUGCAGCUAGAAGGGCAUCCGCUGUGUAAAACAUAUGCUGGAUAAGUUGCCUGUUCAUUCCGCUGUGGCAACCCCUGAUGAAUAAAGGGACUAAGCUGAAGGAAAAUAAUUGAAUGAAUGAAUGAAUGAAUGAAUGAAUGAAUGAAUGAAUGAAUGAAUGAAUGAGUUUAUCUAACCUGACAUAAAAUAAAGGAUGUUAAAGGGAUAGUUCAUCUAAAAAUGAAAACUUUUUUAAACUCUUAAUUAUUUUAUCUCUAUUACUAGUUAUUCUGUUGAAGAUAUUUUGAAGAACACUGAAUACAUGUAACCACUGACUGUCCACAUAGUACAAAAAAUAAAUAUGUUCACCAGCCAAUUAGAAUCAAUUAUUCAAGAGCCACAUGGUGUAAACAAAUGUUAUUUUAUUUUUUAUGGUAUGCCAAAUUUUAAAAUUAGAUUACAGGAAACAGUUUCAUAUUAGAUGUGUGUGACCUCUGCCCACUUUCCAAUGUCUCUGGAUUUUCAUUAUUAAAGUAAAUCGAAGAG